GUUGCCGAGGGGGUCGAGCGAGCCCGGCGAAGGGGAGGGAGUGUAAACAGAGCGAAGGCGACGACGCGUUGGCCCGGCCGUCCCUAGGCGACCCGCGAGGAGUUCCAGAGGAAGAUGGAAGCAGCUGAGUCAGAGCAGCGGCGCAGAAAGGUGGAGGCCGGGAGAGCGAAGCUUGCUCACUUCCGACAGAGAAAAGCAAAAGGUGACUGUGCGAAUUCGGAGAAAAAGACGUCGAAGAGGAAGGGCUCGGCUGUCGAUGCGCCUGUCCAGGAGGAGGGUCCGGUAGCCACCGACGAUGACGACGGCACACGCGUUGUAGGAGGGGGUGUUUGCAAAAGCACGGCGUGUAUCGACAGCCCUGAUGGGGCAGGAGGGGCGUUUGCAGCUCAGGAACGUGAACAGGAAUGUGAACAGGAACGUGAGCCUGAGAUUGCUGAGCUUGUGGGCAGACCCAAUGAGCAGCAGCAGACACAGACGGUGCACAGCCUUGAGCUGGAAGCGCUGCGCCUGAGUCUGAGCAACAUGCACACGGUGCAGCUGGAGCUGACACAGGCCAACCUCCAGAAGGAGAAGGAGACGGCGCUUACGGAGCUGCGGGAGAUGCUGAACAGCCGGCGCGCCCAGGAGCUGGCCCUGCUGCAGAGCAGGCAGCAGCACGAGCUGGAGCUCCUCAGGGAGCAGCACACGCGGGAGAAGGAAGAGAUGGCGCUCAGGUGUAGCCAGAAAACAGCUGAGCUGAAGGAGAAGUUACAAUCAGAGAUGGAGAAAAAUGUCCAAAUGAUAGAGACCCUGAAGCAAGACUGGGAAUCUGAAAGAGAUUUAUGCUUAGAAAAGCUACGCAAAGAGUUAUCUGCAAAGCAUCAGCUAGAAAUGGAGGAUUUACGAAGCCAGUUUCAGGAAGAAUUGGCAGAACAGAAAGCUGAGUUGGAAAAGAUUUUUCAAGCCAAAAACCAGGCUGAAUCUACCCUUGAGAAUCUGGAAGCUCAAUAUGAAGCCACCAUUAAAAAGUUGCGUGAAGACCUACAGUCCGAACGAUGCCGUUACUUAGAAGACUUGGAGUUAAAAUUCAAAGAAAAGGAAAGAGAAAAACAGCUAGAGUUAGAGACUCUUCAAGCAUCGUACGCAGACCUGAAGGCACAGUCUCAGGAGGAAAUCCGGCGCCUGUGGUCACAGCUUGAUUCUACGAGAACCAACAGGCAGGAACUGAAUGAGUUACAGGAGCAGCUCCUGGCGAGAGCGUCUCAUGUGGAAGAAUUGGAACACCUGAAGCGAGAUUUUAAACAGCAGCAGCAGCAAGAAAAAACCCAGCAUGAAUCUGAACUGGAGCAACUGAGAAUUUAUUUUGAAGAGAAAUUAAGGGAUGCUGAGAAAACCUACCAAGAAGACCUGACUCUGUUACAGCAUCGGCUGCAGGAGGUCAAGGAGGAUUCUCUACUGGAGUCCGUGGAAAUCAGUUCAUCUCGUACAUGUUUGGAAGAGACACCUGAGAAAGAAAAAACAGGUCGUCUUGACCAACUUGACCUUCAACCUGAACAACAUGAGGAGAGCCUGGUGUGCUUCCAGGAGGCACUGGGAGGAGAUCACGGACGUGCGUUGGAAGCAUUGACGUCUCCUCUCCAUACCCAGCGUGACAGGCACGUCCUGGACAGACGCCUCUCGGAGACAGAAGAGUUGGAACGGGAGCAUCUGGAGCUCGAGUGGCUUCCAGUUGCGCUCUCAGAACACAGCCCAGGGCUUGCUCCGGGGCGUCCCCCGUGUGCGCAGGAUGCAGCCUUAGAGGAUGACGCGGAAGUGGCUGCCAGAGUCUUGGAUUUGGAAACCGAGAAUAAAGUUAAACUGUCACUUCUUCAGACUGAGCUCAGAGAAGAAAUCGAACUCUUAAAAAUAGAAAACAGAAACUUACAUGAGAAGUUGCAGCACGAAAUCCGUCUGAAGGAAGACCUGGAGAAGGUAAAGCAUAAUUUAGUUGAAGCCCACCAGGAAGAACUGAAUAAAACUAAGGAGAAGAAUCAGCAAAUGAAACAGGAAUUCAAAAAAAAAGAAGCCGAGUGGAAAGCUCUCAGUGAGGAUCUACAGAGAGAAGCUGAAGAGAAGUUAACGCUGAUGCUUCGUGAGCUGAGGGAAAAGGCUGAGGCUGAGAAGCAGUCAGUAGUAAACAAGUUUGAGCUUCGGGAAAAGGAAAUGAAGCAGCUGCAGGACCAGCAGGCGGCGCAGAUCCUGGAGCUGGAGCGGUCCCUGACAGAGCAGCAGGGCCGCCUGCAGCAGCUGGAGCAGGGACUGGCCGCGGAUGAGGCUGCGCUGUGCGGCCGGUGUGGCCAGGAGCCGCCUGCAGGGGCCGGGGAGCAGGCGCUCCGGGUGCAGGAGGACUGCGCCCUGCAGCUGAUGCUGGCCCGCAACAGGUUUUUAGAAGAACGUAAAGAGAUCACAGAGAAAUUCAGUGCAGAGCAAGACGCCGUCCUGCGGGAGGCGCAGGAGAAGCACGCCCGCGAGCUGCAGCUGCUCCAGGACAGACACCAGCAGCGGCUCCAGGCCGUGUCUCGGGAGCUCGAGACCAGACACCAGGCCGAGCUCCGCGAGCUGGCAGCCUCCUUAGAGAGCGAGCGGCGGGCUCUGCUGGACGUGCGCGUGGCUGAGUUGCAGACGAAACACGCCGCCGAAAUCCGUGCUCUGGAAACGCGACACCGGUCCAGCCUGGACUCCGUGGAGUCCUGCUGCCUGGCUGAGAUUCAGACGGUGCGGGACGAGCACAGGCGGGCUGUGGCGCGGCUACAGGCGGACUUCGCGGAGCAGCUGCGGAGGAAGGACGCCGCUCACCAGACGGUCUUGUCGCAGGAGCUGGAGAAAGUCAGGCUGAAACAGGACAAGGAGCCUCAGUCUGCACAGGACGGGCCGGGAGCUGACGCGAGUGCCGGGCACGGCACCAGCUUGGACGCCCGGUCUCCAGAGCUGCUGGGAGUGCACCAGGAGCACCAGGGUGAAUUUGAAAGCGAAAAGAAAGCUGCUUUGCAUGCAAAGCAGGAGGCGUGUAGACCUGAGAGCGAGCAGGCACAGGCUCUCUGCCGAAAGGAGAAAGAAUCUUUGUCCCUGCAGCUUCAGGAGAAGGAUGCCCAAAUCCGGCAGCUGGAAGAACAAGUUUUAUCCUUAAGCCAGAAGGUAGAAGAGAGCCAUUCUGAACUGGAGAUGCUGCAGCAAAGGCGUGACAGGGAAAACCAGGAAGGCGAGAACCUCAUCUCCAUGCUCAAGGCCGACGCCGACCUGUCUCACAGCGAAAGGCGGGCUCUCCAGGACGCCCUGAGGAGGCUGCUGGCUUUGUUUGGAGAGACCCUGAAGGCAGCUGUCGCCCUGAGGAGUCAGAUUGGAGAGCGCGUGGGGCUCUGCCUGGAUGAUGCAGGCACCGCAGGUGCAGACCAGGCUCUGCCAGCAGCUCCGACGCUUGACGAGUCGUGGUCUGACGCGGCCCUGCUGGAGGUGGACAGGACUGUGUCUGAGUGUGCGGAGAUGUCCUCCGCGGCCGAGGUCAGCAGCCACGUGCGUGAGAGCUUCCUGAUGAGCCCCGACAGCGCGCUGGGGUGCGAGCAGACAGUCAGGAGAGUCUACCAGAGCCUGGGCCUCGCCGUGGAUGGCCUCCUGGAGAUGGUGCUGGACUCCACCAGGCAGCUGGAGGAGGCACGACAAAUUCAUUCUCGUUUUGAAAAAGAAUUCAGUUGUAAAAAUGAGGAGACGGCGCAGGUCGUCAGGAAGCACCAGGAGUUGUUGGCGUGCUGGGAGGAGCAGAGCGCGGCCAAGGCCGGGCUGGAGCUGGAGCUGCACACGGCUGAGGGCAUCCUUGAGGGGCUGAAGGUGGAGAAAGCGGACCUGCAGGAGGCGCUGGGCCGGAAGGAGGAGUCGGAGCGGGACCUUGUCUUGGAGCUGGAGGGCCUGCGGCAGCAGCUGGGGCAGGCGGCCCGGGAGCAGGCGUCGCUAAAGGAGGAGUACGCCCUCCUGUGGAGCCAGAAGGAAGCUUCCGCUGUGCAGGCGGAGGAGAGAGAGGCAGGCACGCCUGCCACUGCAGCACACGAGGAUCCAGCACUUCUCAAGGAAGUGGAAUGUCUGACCAGGGAGCAGUUGGAGACGAGGAAGCAGUCUGAGAAGGACCGCGCAGCCCUGCUCUCCCAGAUGAAGGUUCUGGAGUGCGAGCUGGAGGAGCAGCUCUCUCAGCAUCAAGGCUGCGCCCGGCAGGCCGAGGAGAUCACCGCCCUGAAGCAGCAGAUGGCUUCUCUGGACAAGCACUUGCGGAACCAGAGGCAUUUCAUGGAUGAGCAGGCCGCCGAGCGGGAGCACGAGCGCGAGGAGUUCCAGCAGGAGAUCCGGAGGCUGGAGGCGCAGCUCUGCCAGGCAGCCAGGCCACAGCCCCAGGGCCUCCUCGACAGCCCCCAGCACGCAGGACUGGAUGAAGAGGUGGAAUUGUUACAACAGAAGUUGAGAGAAAAAUCAGAUGGAUUUAAUGAAUUGGUUAUAAAGAAAGAGUUGGCAGAUAGACAAGUGCUAAUCCAGGAAGAAGAAAUUAAACGUCUGGAAGAGAUGAAUGCCAACACCAGGAGAGAAGUGGUCCGGCUCCAGGAAGAAUUGGAGAAACAGAAAAAAAUUGUUAUAGAAUUACAAGAUAAAGAGGCAUUAAAGGAACAGCAGAUGACACACUUGCCUCUGGAGUCCACACCGCAGUCUGAAGCGGGUGAGGGCAGGUGUCCCUGGCCUGCUCCUGACAGCCCUCCUGCCGGUGCCGAGGCACAACGGGAGGCAGCACAGGGAGCGCCCCUGCAGCAUGACGGCGAGGUCUUAGACUUAAAAGGACACCUGGAGGAGAUUAAAGAUGACUUAGCAAAUAAAAACGAGGCGCUGUAUCUGAAUUUAAAAUCAGACGUGCAGAACACGCAGACUGCCGUGAGCAUCAGAGACCUUGAAGAAGAGAAUGCCAACCUGAAGGUUGUGUGUGCCAGAAGUUCUGAAGUUGAAGAGCUGAAAGCCACUAUCGAAAAUCUGCAGGAGAACCAGGAACGAUUACAACAGGACAAAGCGGAGGAAGUCGAAAGGCUCCACGAAGUCAUUGCGAAGCUGCAGCAGGAGCUGUCGCUCAUGGUGCCUGCGGUGCAGGGGGCCGGCGAGAGCCGGGUGGGGAGUCUGCAGAGUGAGCUGCUCUGCUCCCAGGCGGACGGGCCCUGCGGGCAGGUGCUGCAGGGUGAGCUCCAGGCUGCGCUCUUGGCCAAGGAGGCCCUGAGCCAGCUGCUGGCCGACCAGGCCCGCGGGCACUGCCAGGCCCUGGAGGCCCUGCAGCAGCGGCUGCGGGGUGCGGAGGAGGCCGCCGCCCGGCAGCUGGCGGAGCUGGGGCGCAGUGAGGCUCUUAGGGAGGCUCAGGUCGAGGGCAUGGCCUCCCGGAUCCGGGAGUUUGAAGCUGCGCUGAAAGCAAAGGAAGCGGCGAUUGCUGAGAGAGACUCCGAGAUCGAUGCUGUGAACAAGUGGAAAGCGGCUCAUUCCACCGCGCUGAAGGCCGUCCUGGCGGCUGUGGCCCGUUUCCGCCGUGCCCUGGAGCAGCAGCCCCUGGCCGGCCCAGCCGAGCCCCCCGAGCUGCAGCGGCUCCGAGCACAGUGUGUCCGGCUCAGCCGCCAGCUGCAGGUGCUGAACCAGCCCUUCCUGAGGUGCCAGCUGGAGCCGGACAGGCAGCAGGUGCACGGGGCCGCCGCCCGCACCCGGCCGCCCGGCGCUUGCCGGCACCCUGGCCCGGAGGGCGGCAGCGAGGUGUGCAGGGACGCGGAGAUGCCGGAACAGGGCGUCAGCAGCAGGUGGUCGACCCCAGGUCUCCAUGGCCGGGACCAGGACCUGCAGGGUGACUUGCCGCCUGCCAGAGUCUCAGUGACGCUGAAGGACACGGGUCUCCACACGCAGGAAAGCGCCGAGCCGGUGCUCACCGUGGGCCAGAGGCAGCUGCAGCCAGAGCCGUUCUCGGUGAAAAAUGAACUGCACUCGAGUCUGGAGGGCAGCGGCGUGGCGUGGGGAAGAGCGCAGGGCAAGGAAAAAGUACUGGAAGAUUGUCAGCUGCAGAAAGUCGACCUCAUAGCUCAGGUGAAAGAACUUCAAGAAAAAUUGAACCAUCUGAUAUAUUCUGCGACCUUCCAGGAUGUCAGCACUGCAGACUUUAAAUUUCAACAGCCGUUUGCAUCAGCAUUUGGGUUAGAAAACAGUUCGAGUGGUGGUUCCCACAACGGUGAAGAAACUGACACAUCACCUCCUGUUGAUGCAUUUGAUGCCGACAAAACCAUGAGGGAUCUAACUGAUGCUGUUAAAGAUGAGAACUAUUUGAUAAGAAACGAAAUGCCAAACUUUCCCAUUCAAGAAACAUUAGAAUUGCAGGACAGGCCCCAUUCUUCACCAGCACGUGUGCUUGGCGGCGCCCGUGCCCCAAGACGCAGUGACCUGGCCGAGCCCCUGAAGAGCCCGGUCCGGGUGCUGGACCUGUCCUCCUGGAGCUCCCCUGAGGUCCUCAGGAAGGACUCGGCCCUGGAGCCCCAGCCCAGCCUCCUCCUCACGCCCCGCUCGGACGUGCUGAGCCUGCGCAGCGCGGACGCUUCCCUGCAGGACGGGACCCAGGCCUCGCUGCUGCUGGCCAGUGAGCCGGGGCUGCUUUGUCACCCGGGCGUGUCUGCAGCAGGACAGGCCCCACCGUGGGCAGGGUCUCCGCUGGCCGACCACCCGCCUGUGGAGAGGACGCCUGUGGAGAAAGAUGUCGAAGAUUUCAUCAUAACAUCUGUUGAUUCUCAAGAAACGUUACGUUCACCUCCUCUCAGGUUAGAAGGAAACAAUGAUGGAAGUGAAGAAAGUGACGGCUCAGGUUUCGGAGGGAAACUGAGUCCACGAUCAGGGGGACCCGAGGCUCCUGCUCAUGGCCCCGUCUCCAGAAGGUCAAGGUCUCAACAGCUGCCAGGAGCCAUGAAAGGGAAGGACGCCCACGCGCAGCACGUGAAGGCCUUGCUGCAGAUGGUGCGUGAGGAGAGCCGCCAGAUCCUGGCCCUGUCCGAGAGCUGCGGGCCCCUCAGCGCUCUGAGCAGAGGGGAGCCACGUGCACCCCUGGACCCCAUCCCCAGGGAGGGGCAGGGCCUCCUGGAAGCAGCACCCAAAAAAGGAGAGAAGGAACUUUCCGAGCUGUGCCUUGAUUGGAGAGGGGAGUUUCUGCAGGUUGUGCAGGAGGCGUUUGACAAGGAAUGGAAGACGCUGAAGCUCCAGCUGCAGCCUGGGCUUGGCAGCGCAGACCCCGGGGGCCGAGACUGCCUGUUUGAGAGGCUGGAGAAGGUCGUCCAGGCUCAAGGAGACCUGCAGGAGAAGUCCUUGGAGCACCUCCGUGCGUCCGACAGGAGCAGCCUGCUGUCUGAGAUUCAGGCUCUGCGCGCCCAGCUGCGCCUCACGCACCUGCAGAACCAGGAGAAGCUGCAGCAGCUGUGUGCGGCGCUGACGAGCGUGGAGGCCCGCGGGAGCUGGCAGGAGCACCAGCUGCGCAGGCAGGUUGAGCUAUUGGCAUAUAAAGUCGAGCAGGAAAAAUGCAUAGCAAGCGACCUGCAGAAGACCCUCAGCGAGGAGCAGGAGAAAGCCAACGGGGUGCGCAAGCUCCUGGCGGUGGAGCAGAGCGCCGUGAAGGCUCUGAAGUCUGAGCUCUGUGAGUGCAAGCAGGAGAACGAGAGGCUGCUGAAGUCCCUGGACGCCGUGCAGCAGGAGGUCCUCCAGCUGAGAUCCAUGCUGGACGGCAAGGAGAGCGACCUGCAGGCUGCGCUGCGGGAGCUGGAGAGUGAGCGGGGGAAGGAGCAUGCCCUGCAGAGCCGGCUGGAGGAGCAGCAGCUUCGGCACCUGCAGAGGGAGGGCCAGAGCUCCAAGUCCCUAGAGGAGUUGAGAGCGUCCCUGGAGAAGCAGCGUGCACAGAGCAGCCGGCUCUGCGUGGCGCUGAAGCACGAGCAGACAGCGCGGGACAACCUGCAGAAGGAGCUGCGCAUCGAGCACUCGCGCUUCGAGGCCUUGCUGGCGCAGGAGCGGGGCCAGCUCGCCCAGCUGCAGAAGGACCUGGAUGCGGAGAAGAGCCGCUCGCUGGAGCUGUCGGAGGCUCUGCAGCACGAGCGCCUCCUCACGGAGCAGCUGAGCCGCAGGACGCAGGAGGCCUGCGCCCACCAGGACACGCCGGCGCCCCAGGCCCUGCUGCGCAAGCUGCAGGAGGAGAAGGCGCGCGUGCUGGAGCUGCAGGCGGUGCUGGGAGAGGCGCAGCAGCAGGCCGCGCACGCGCAGCAGCAGCUCGAGGCCGAGGCGCAGACGCGCUGUGAGGAGGUCCGGAGAGAGAAGGAGGUAAGUGCCGCAUUGAGGUCGACCGUGGAGGCGCUGCAGAUCCAAAAGCGCGAGCUGAGAUGCUGUCUGGAGAGAGAGAGGGAGACGCCAGCGUGGUUGCAGGCAGACUUAGCACAGUCACACACUCGCUUGAAAGAGCCAGAAGGACGCGAGGACACGCGGAGCGGAGCGCAGACGAGGCAGAGCCGGGCACUCGCGGGGAAGUGGAGGAAGUGGCAGAGAGAAAAGGAGAAGCUGCGAGAGCUAGAGUUGCAGCGCCAGCGUGAGGAGCACAAGAUCCGCCAGCUCCAGCGGACGGUGAGAGAACUGGAAUCUGAGGAGGAGGCGCUCCGCAGCGGCGGCCACCGAGGCACUCCCCGCGGGGCCCAGGGCGCAGACGGGCCGGACCAGCUCCGGGAACAGCAGCAGGAGCUGGAGAAGAUCCGGCAGCAGCUGCUCUGCGCCGCAGGGCUGCUCACCAGCUUUGUGCGCCAGACCGUGGGCAGGACCAUCAGUGACUGGACGUCGUCCAACGAGAAGGCAGUGGCGUCUCUACUGCGCACGUUAGAGGAGCUGAAGCCUGAGCUGAGCAGGUCCACCUCCCUCAAGAAAAAAAAGGCAGCAGAGCUACAAGUCCAGCUGGUGGAUGUCUUGCUGAAAGACAACGACUCCCUCACAAAAGCACUCAACACAGCGGCCGAGGAGAAGUCGGAGCUGAGCAGGGCCGUGUCCAGGCUCGAAAAGACCCUGAGGCAUCACGUGCAGAAGGGCUGUGUCCUGAGCUUACAGAGGUCGGACAGGCCUGCAGGGAAGCAAGACCGGAUGGUGCUGCAGAGCUCACAGCACUUGGACCUGGGACGGCCCCCGACAGCCGUGGGUGCGGACGCAAACACCUGCAAUGUCAAGAUGGAAAAGUUAUACCUGCAUUAUUUGAGAGCAGAGAGUUUUAGGAAAGCUCUGAUUUAUCAAAAGAAGUAUCUCUUACUAUUGAUCGGUGGGUUCCAGGAUUCUGAACAAGAGACACUCUCCAUGAUUGCUCAUUUGGGGGUAUUUCCUUCCAAAGCAGAUAAGAGAAUCACCACAUCUCGUCCUUUUACAAAGUUCCGCACGGCUGUCAGGGUGGUCAUCGCAAUAUUGAGAUUACGUUUUUUGGUUAAGAAAUGGCAAGAAGUAGAUCGGAAAGGAGCCCUAGCACCAGGCAAAGCCCUCCGCCAAGGACCCAGAGCGCCCCUGCGGCUGCGGUCUCCUCCCGAAUCCAGAGAGUCCAUACCGACCCGGGAUGUGCCUUCAGGUCACACCAGGGACCCUGCCCGUGGCCCCAGACCUGCGACAGCAGCCUCCCCGAGCAGGAGGGGAAGAUCCACUCCAUCCCCACAUUCAAGAUUAGAAAGAUCUCUGACUGCUUCUGAAGAUCCAGAACAUUCCUUGACAGAAUAUAUUCACCAUUUGGAAACGAUCCAGCAAAGACUUGGGGGGUCACCACCAGAUUUUACUUCAAAGAAAUCCUGCCAUCAGAAGAGUAAACAAUGAAUAAAAUCCUUGUGGCUCUCACCUGGGACAGUUCUAUUUGAGAAAAAGAUUUACUCUUCCCUUUUGUCAAGGCGGCUUUCCCUUCACGGGUAUGGCCAGGUCAGUGUCCUCUGCUGUGGGGGGGUCACUGCACAGCCGGCAGAGCCUUUUCUGUGUCAUCUGUUAGUUCUCCACCGUCCCGAGGUCACAGCAGUCCACGACCAGCACGUGGGGCUGUGCGGUGCCUGUUGGCAAAUCUGCCCCGCCUGCCCCUGAGAAGGGUAAGCAGAGAAUGGCUCCUGUUGUUUAUUUUUUAAAGUGUACAGAUGGAAAUUUUGUUUAAAAGCACACACACAUACAAAUAAAACCAAAAAGAAGGAAUAAAAUGUAAGCACUAUUUCAUUUGAGAAGA